AUGGGCGAAAAGGUAAAAUGGAGCUUGACCUCCGCCCUGAUCGGCGCAGCCACAGCCACCGCCACGACGGCGAUACUCUCAUCUAGGCCUCGAGACCCAACGUUCCACCUAAUCUCAGUCAACCUCAGCUCUCUCAAACUCAACUUCCCACUCCUCGACGCCGAACUGAUCCUCACCAUCCACGUCACCAACCCCAACAUCGCCCCCGUCGACUACUCCGCCGAGUUGUCCAUCUUCUACGAAGGAUCUCUUCUCGGCUCGGCUAAAGUCAAAGCCGGCUCGCAGGCCCCUCGGUCUUGCCAGCUCCUCCACCUUCCGACUAGGCUCAGCGGUGUUGAGCUGGCUCAUCACGCGACGAAGUUUCUGGCGGAUGUGGCGGCGAGAGAGAUGGUGCUCGACGCGGCGGCGGAGAUCGAGGGUGUGGCUAAGGUGUGGUGGUGGAACCAUAAGUUUAGGGUCCACGUGGAUAGUCGCGUGACCGUUGAUCCGUUGUUCCUGGAAGUUGUUGAUCAGGAUAAUAAGUCCCAGAUGGAGGUUGCUCUUGUAGCUUUGGCUACAAAGAUAUGUUGUCAACUGUUAAAUCUUAGCCGUUUGUUAUUUAUUCUACUUUGCCUGUUAUCUCAGCCAUUGAUCUCAGGAGCGGGUCCUCUACGCAAAGCCUUGCGAGGUGCAGCAGAUCUGGGCGACUUCAGGCAACUUCUACGACCUCAGGCAGCUUCGACUUCAGGCAACUCCGACUACAGGCAACGAUUAAAGCUAGCUCUUGGUAAAACAGAGGUGUUGGAGUGA